AUGGCCCGGAGGAUGACGCCAUGCAAGUUGUUGUUGCUUGCGACCUGCUGCGUCGGCGCGCAGGACUGCAGCCAGAUGACAUUUAAUCCCAAUACGGUCGUGGACCCAGUUGCAAAAUACGCCGGUCGAAGAUGCAGAGGCUGGCCGCUGCUGGCGAAGCACUUCGGCGUCGAGGCGCGCGCGACGGCGGUCGUCGAUCGCUGCGGCGUCGGCGACGAGAAGCAGCCGUGCGGCUUCGACGUCAUCGACUGCGCGAAGCGACGGCGUCUCGGCGGCGUGCGAGUGCUCGUGACGCUCACCGGCUCGAACGUGAUUGACGCGGCGACUGCCGAACGCGUCGACGACGAUACGCUCCGCGUGCGCUGGGUGCCACCAGAGGCGGGGACGUACGAAGUGUCGGCCAUAUUAAACUGGCUCUACCAGGUCGCCGCGCCACAAGUCGAUGCGUAUCCGAGCCGCGGCCACCCCGUGUACCUGGGUCCAACGGAGAAUCGCUGCCCCGGCGGCCGCUGCGGCCGCGCGCAGCCCUUUACGCUCGACGAGUGCGCGAAAGUGGCCACGGUGCCCUUCGCGCCGAAAACGUUUACGGUGGUCGAGGCGCCGUCGCCGAAGAAGCCGCUCGCGCCGUGCCGCGACCCGGGCCCCGGCCACUGGCGCCGCUCCGCCGACGGCUGGGCGUUCGCGCGCGGCGACUGCGCCGUCCGACGCUUUCCCGGGCCCGCCGCGGAGGCGUGCCUCGCCCGGCGGCGCGUCAAGGUCGUGACGUUUCUCGGCGACUCGCUGGUCCGCGAUGCGUGGGCGGCCUUCGGCCGCCGCCUGAACAUCACGGUCAACGAGCGGAAGGUUCGGGCGAGACGUUUCGCAGGCGCGGCGUCGACGGUCGCGAGCGCAAAGGGUGUUCGCGUCCACUUCUCGCAGAUCUGGGGCCUCGACGGUGCUCGUCCCGCGUCGAACAGUGUGUGAUGGUCGCGCGACGCCCGCCAUCGCAGGCCUCUGGCGCUGCGGCCUCCUGCCCCGCAACCUGGCCUGUUGCGGCUUCGAGCCGGCGGCGGCCGGCGAGCGCGGGCCCGACGCCGUCGAGCUGUUCGGCGCCGCGCUCCCGCCGGGCCCGGGCGAGGUCCUCGUGGUCGCCAACUUUGGCAUCCUGCACAUGCCGGCGUCCGCGGGCGACCCGAACAAAUUCGAGGCGCGGACGAAGCACGCACUCCGUCGGCUCGAUAAGAUCAGCCGGGCGGCGGGCCUGAGCGUGACGGUCCUGCUGGUCGCGCCGCCGACGCUGCGAGGCCUCCGUAGCCCGGGCCUGCAUCCGGCACAACUCGAGGCCUUCGCGCCAGCGAUGAGACGCCUCGCGACCGAGGGCCUCGGCGUCUCGGUGAGAGUCCUCGACCUGGCGCCGCUGUCGGCCGCGCGCGCUGAUGCCUCGUUCGACGGGCUCCACUACGUCAGAGAAGUGCCAGCCGCGGCCGUCGACGCGGCGCUAGGGAUGCUUUGUGAGUUGUAA